AUGCUUGUAACAAACAGACUUGCAUUAAUUGCAGCAACUGCACUCACACUCUUUUCUCUGAUAGUAUCUUCUCAAACUAUCUCCCUGGAUACCACCUCUGUCGGUAGUGUCGUAUUCGUUGGAGAUGUUGAAGUCGAGAACGGUGCAUACUGGUCUAUUUUGAAUUCUGCUACGGAUAGUUUUUUUGGAGGUCUUAAGGUCGAUGGUGAGUUGUACAUAACUGUAUCAGAUCACCUUCUUUCAUUGCAUGUUAGCACGUUUGCCCUCUUCGACUCUAUUUCAAACACAGGUACAAUUAUUUUUAAUUCUAUUAAUGGAUUAACAGGCCCAGUGUACCAUCUUAUUUCCCUGACUUUCUACAACAGUGGCUCAUUAUUUUUCAGUACUGAAGGUACUGUCGCUGGUUCAAGUUAUCAAAUUUCUGCAGGUGAUUGGAAAAAUGACGUUGGCGGUAAGCUUAUCUUUACACUGGAUACUCAAUGUGAUAGUUUCCUUACUUUAGGUAAUCUCCUUGGAUCGAUUACUAAUGAUGGUCAGAUUUGUUUAGUCGAACAAGUAUUUAAGCAAAUUACUUCAAUCAAGGGAAGUGGAUGCAUAGAUGUUGGGAAGAAUUCAAACCUUUGGGUUGCAAAUUCUAUUCUUCCAAUUGCAGCAGAACAAGUUCUUUAUCUUUCAACAACCUCCUCUGCUAUUAGGGUAGCUACCAUUUCAGCCACUCAAACAUUUACUGUUGCUGGAUUCGGUGGAGGAAAUAUUCUUGGUAUUGACCAACUUAUAACUUCAUAUAGUUAUGACAGUACCGAAGGGGUUCUUAGGGUAUACUACUUUUUCGGACUUCAACACCAAAACUUCAAAAUUGGUCUGGGAUAUAACGUCGAUAACUUUGAAAUUGUGAGUUAUGAUUUCGGUGGAUUACUUGGACUUGUCAUUAAAGGAUCUCUCAAGUAUAAUGGCGAUAUUCCCUCCGACAGUACCUCAUCCAGCUCUUGUUUAGCCUGUGAUUCUGUUCCACUGUACCCAAUUCCAAGUUCCAGUUCAACAGUCUCUUCAUCGGCUACCUCCAGUACUGUCGCAUCAUCUGGAAUCUCCGAUGCUUCUUCCACAGGCUCUGGUUCUGGCUCUUCUACUGGAUCUGGCUCAAAUGCUUCCUCAACAGGCUCUGGUUCCGGCUCUUCCACUGGAUCCGGUUCAGUUGCUUCGUCAACAGGUUCUGAUACAGGAGCAUCUUCAACAGGUUCUGGAACAGGAGCUUCUUCAACGGGCUCUGGCGCAGGAGCAUCUUCAACAGGUUCUGGAACAGGUGCCUCUUCUACUGCUUCCGGAUCUGGCUCAUCCACUGUCUCUGGAUCUAGUUCAGAAACUUUUCCAAGUGGUUCUGUAACUUCAGCAACCCCAUCAUCAUUAUCUAGCAGCACACCAACAGUAGCAAGCUGUGAAUAUGACGGGCCAACGAGCCCAGGUUUUGUUGCCAAGUACUAUUCCUAUGUAUCAGCAGCAAUAAAUUUAAUUCUUGGAGGUAGUUAUAAGUCUGGUUCUUUAAUAAGAACACUUUACAACGUUGUUUCCGUCGAUUUAACAUUAACUGCCAAUUUUACUUUAGAAUUGGAAGGAUACUUCCACCCACCUUCUACUGGAAGCUACACAUUUGAAUUGAGCAGAAUUCCUAUCGGAGCAGCAUUAUACUUUGGAUCUGAUGCAUUUCCAUGCGGGACAGCUUUAUCAAAGAGGGCUGAAGCUGAACGUUUAAUCAUUCUUGGCCCUAACGGUAGUGGUGAAAUCACCAUAGAUGUGGUAGCAGGCAGCUAUUAUCCAAUAAGAAUAGUCUAUGUUGAUACAGUUACAGAUGUGACCUUCGAUUUAACUAUUACAGGACCAGAUGGACAAACCGAAACUGUCGCCGAGGUUAUUGUACAUUUCAAUGGAGGAGAAUCUGCAAGCAGUUCCAGUUCAUCUACCGCUGCAAGUACUUUGUCUUCCUCGACACCCGUUUCAUCAUCAACAAUCUCCACAACUUCAGCUACUCCAAGUUCCAGCUCAGGAUUGGCUACUACUUCUGAAGGUUCCGUAACUGGAUCAACUUCAGGAUCAGUGACCACAUCAGGGGGGUCUGGAUCAGAAACUUCUACUUCUGGCGGUCCAGGAUCAAACCCAAGCUCAACUCUUUUGACUUCAACAACAACUUCUGCAGCAACAACUACAUCAGGAUCGGGAUCUGGUUCAGGCUCUGGCUCAGGUUCAAAUGGAUCAGGUUCAGAAUCUAGUACAGCAACAACUACAGGUUCAGGUUCAGGUUCGAGUGGAUCAGGUUCCAAUGGAUCAGGAUCAGAAACCAAUACAGCAACAACUACAGGUUCAGGGUCAGGUACCAGCGGAUCUGGAUCUGGAACUGGUUCAGGUUCAAACUCUGGUUCUGGUUCAGGUUCAAGUGGAUCAGGAUCUGAAUCCAAUACAGCAACAACUACAAGUUCAGGUUCAGGCAACAGUGGAUCAAGCUCUGGAACUGGUUCUGGCUCAGACUCUGGUUCUGGUUCAGGAUCAGACUCAGGUUCAGGUACCAGUGGAUCAGGCUCAGGCUCAGGCUCUGGUUCAGGCUCAAAUGGAUCAGCAUCAGCAUCCAAUACAGCAACAACCACUUCCACUUCAACGGGAUCAGGGUCUGAUUCCAGCGGAUCUGGUUCAGACUCUGGCUCUGGUGAUACAGGAUCCGAAUUAGAAUCAGCAACAAGUACCAGCCUUUCAGCUUCAAAUGCUACCGGUGGCUCUGAAUCUUCAGACUCUACAUCUGGCUCCCAGUCUGGCUCAAGUUCAUCUUCCACUGAAUCUACAAUCGUAACUUCAUACCCAAACAGCGGUGUUGCAACUAGAGCAAGUGCAUUUGUUCCAAUUUUAUUUUCCUUGGUUGUCCUCUUGCUUUAA